GUAUACUAUAAAAUUGAAAGACAUAAUAAAAAAUUAAACAACGUAAAUUUUCUGAAACUCCAAUUUCAAUCUAAAAACAGAAUCAUGGAAAUUGUGACUCUGUUCUUACCUUUCUUCCUAGUGAAGCUUGUUCUGAAAUUAAAGUAUUCAAAUUCCAUUAUUACAAGUCGUCUCUUUCAAGCAACGUUCCACUACUACCAUCCCUAAUCCAUUUCUCUUCUACUUUUUUUUCCCUUUUUCACUCUCUUUUUCUUCGAACACUCACUUCUAUACUCAUUUCAAUCUUCUCCCACACUUCUUCAUUGUAAUUAUAUAUGCACAUUCAAUAGCUUAGAACAAAAUUAAGUUUGUUUUUUUCACCCAAAAAUCAGAAUUUUUUGACAUGGUAUAUUCUAAUUAAAAAAGAAUUUUUCCCUUUUUUGAAAAACCAAUUUGGAAUAAUGGGUAUGGAGAAAUUUUCAAUUUUGAAUAGUGGGUAUGAAUAAAUUUUCAAUUUUGAAUAAUGGGUAUGAAGAAAGCUUAAAUUUUGAUCCAUGAAUGUGAAAAAAAUUCAAUUUUGAAACUUGGGUGUGAAGAAAGUUUAAAUUUUGAAUCAUGGGUAUGAAGAAAUUUUGAAUUGUGGGUAUUGAUUGUUCAACAAUGACAGAGUUAACAGUGAAAACCCCACCUCAAAUGCAAUCAUUUGGUGUUUUCCUCCGUGAACCACCACAGAAUGAGUCCACCGAUGAUGAUAACCACCGGAACCAAUCACCCGCGAUGAGGAAAACCAUAAAGAAAACAAUAAUCAUUGAUGAAUCUUCCUUAGAGAAUCCUGAUUUGGGUCCAUUUCUUCUGAAGAUGGCAAGAGAUACCAUAGCUUCUGGUGAGAAUCCAGAAAAGGCUUUGGAUUAUGCAAUUCGGGCAUCCAAGUGUUUUGAACGGGUUUUGGGUCCGGGUGUGGAUCUUGCCACGUGUUUACAUGUUGUUGCUGCAAUUUAUUGUAGUUUGGGGAAUUUGGAUGCGGCUAUUGAGGAGUUGGAAAGGUCUAUUAUGUUGUUGGAUGUUGAAAACGGGUCGGGUCAUGCUAUGGUGAAGUUUUCUGGAUAUAUGCAACUUGGUGAUACUUAUUCUAUGACUGGAUUGUUGGAUAGAUCCAUUCUGUGUUAUGAGUCGGGUUUGAAGAUUCAAAUGGAUAUUUUGGGUAAGUCCGACCCGAGAGUUGCUGAGACUUGCAGGUACUUAGCUGAAGCCCAUGUUCAAGCCAUGCAAUUCGACGAUGCAGAGCACUUCUGCAAGAAGACACUGGAAAUUCAUAGGGAGCAUUGCUCACCCGCUUCCCUUACUGAAGCAGCGGACCGGCGCCUCAUGGCCCUUAUCUGUGAAGCAAAGGGAGAUUAUGAGCCAGCACUCGAGCAUCUUGUCCUAGCCAGCAUGGCGAUGAUUGCUAACGGACAAGAUAACGAAGUUGCAGCUAUUGAUGUUAGCAUCGGAGAUAUUUACUCGUCGCUAUCUCGUUUCGACGAAGCUGUCUUCGCCUAUCAGAAAGCGCUGACAGUGUUCAAAUCCACCCAGGGUGAAAAUCACAGUUCUGUUGCUUUAGUGUACAUUCGACUCGCAGAUCUUUACUGUAAGACUGGAAAAUUACGAGAGUCAACGUCCUAUUGCGAAAAUGCGUUAAGAAUAUACAGUAAACCUAUGCCUGGAAUAACCGCCGGAGAGAUUGCAAGUGGAUUGACUGAAAUCUCUGCCAUCUAUGAAGCUCUAAACGAGCCCGAGGAGGCGCUGAAGCUUUUGCAGAAGGCUGUAAAAUUAUUGGAGGGUAUCCCGGGACAAUAUAGGACAAUGGCAGGAAUUGAAGCUCAAAUGGGAGUGUUGUUCUACAUGGUCGGACGGCAUGUGGAUGCAUGGAAAUCUUUUGAUAAUGCUGUCACCAAGCUGAGAGCCGGUGGGGAGAGGAAAUCUGCAUUUUUUGGAUUUGUGUUGAACCAGAUGGGUUUGGCAUGUGUUCAACUGUAUAAAAUUGAAGAGGCUGCCACACAUUUUGAAGAAGCUAGAGAUAUAUUGGAGAGGGAAUAUGGAACCUAUCAUUUGGACACUCUUGGAGUGUAUAGCAACCUAGCUGCAACUUAUGAUGCCUUGGGAAGAGUUGAAGAUGCCAUUCAGAUAUUGGAAUACAUACUCAAAAUGAGAGAAGAAAAACUUGGAACUGCAAAUCCAGAUGUUGAUGAUGAAAAGAAAAGACUGUUUGAGCUUUUGAAAGAAGCCGGCAGAGUUCGAAGUAGAAAGGGAACAUCUCUUGAAAACCUUAUAGAUUCAAACUCCUUAAAGAUGAAGAAAGAAGCAAGAAGGAAACGGGGUGCAUUUGGUUUUAGAACUUAGAGAGGUCUAGUUCUUUACCCCCAAAAAUUAUCUCUUAUUUUGAACAUGUGAGAAUUUGUUGAGAUUUUAGAUUCGAAGAAGCUUCCUUGUUCCUAUAUAUUUUAACAUAAUCCAAGUUUCACAUGAUUUUUUUUUUCUGGCACAUGUGAGGAAAUGAAUGGUGAUUAUAAACUCCUUUUGUUUC